UUAUAAUAUAUAUCUGUAUUUCUAACCUGUAAGUGUUUUGAUCUGAUGGUAAUAUUUGCCUUUCCGAAGCAUGAUAGUUUGAGAAAAAGGGAAGACACGUAAGACAGUUUCAUUAAGAUUGGCAGACAUCAUAUCGCAACAUCCCUCUUCACCCUAGCUACGAUUUUGAAGCACUUGGCCUUCAGCUGGUAUCAGCUGGCCUUUGAGGAGCCUUUUCGAUCAGUUCCAGCUGGUACUGAAAAUAAAGUUUGCCACACAAAAUUAGCUUAGCUGGAUAAAUCCAUUAGUUAAAUCAAUUCUUCCGAUGUUGUCUUUACACAACUGCCUGAACGUUUCGCUUAAAGUUUACUAGGGGUCUAACAAGAGAAUCAGUACCACGGCCUGUCUUUGAAACAAUAGAAAAACCAGUGUAACACCCGUAAACAACUUGCGCCACAGAAAAAAAUCUAUUUGAGAACUUCACCGCAACUACACUCACAUGGCUCGACCAAACACUGUUUAAAAGAAUCAGUGAUAUAUUCUGGAAAAUAUAUUUCAGCGACCAAUUCCUACUUUACAUCUUGAUAUUGACUACUUUCCAUUUAAAAACCAUCGAAGAAUUAUAUUCUAAACAUAGCGCAGAUCCCAUCUGCUUUCAAGUAUAGUAUAGAAAUGUUCACGAUUAAUUAUUAAUAGUUUGAAAACUUCCCCUCUCAGAAUUCGCUAGCGCAAACUCAUCGGUCACAUGUAUCGAGCCUGAAUCAGUAAGACCUUGCUGGUGACAAAAUGGGCACUCGAUGGCUGUGUGUAAUUCUCUUCCUGGCUUUCUGUCGAAGUUUCCGUCGAAAAUUCUUCGCUAAAGGAGAUAGUUACACGUCUAUCGCAGAGAUGACACAAGUUGUAAACUUGGAAAUGAAACUUGGAGAAAGCCUCGAGAAAUUUGUCGAGUUAGAAAAGAAAAGAUUGCAACAGAUCAAGCAGUUUGCUGAUAGCGUCAAAGAAGCGACGAAUCGGGUGAAGAUAGAGGGAUUGAAAUCUCUAGAAAAUCCGACCACAACUUAUGCUCUUAUCAAAAGAUUUGCGAACGGAUGGAGCGAGCUUGGCAAAUUUUUGGACAAGGAUUAUUCGAACGAUUUAAAAGAUUUAUUGAAGUCAAACAAAUGGCAAUUUCCAACCUCCAAUGAGGACUUGAUAGGAGCCAUGGCCGCACUCUUUCGGCUCCAAGACACAUACAACAUAUCUACUCCUGACAUGGUGAAUAAUGAUAUUCCAGGAUGUGGACCGGCUCCAAAGCUAUUGGCUGAAGACUGUUUUGAUAUGGGGACAGUAGCAUAUCAGUCCGGGAGAUAUGGACUGGCCAGGGCCUGGCUGAACAUGGCGGAUGAUCUGAUACGACAAGGAAGACACGACGGAGUAGCUAAUCGCACAGAAGUGUUAGAGUACUUGGCUUGGAUCGAAUAUAUAAAAGGAAACCCCGAGCGAGCUCUUAAUCUUACCUUGGAAAUAGUGCAACUGGCUCCCAACAGCACCCAGGCAAAAGAGAAUGUUAUGCACUACAGAAGAGCUGCUGAACAAAACACACGUGACACCCAUGAGCAAAUAAAGGCGAAAGAAGAAGAAAUUACCACGACUACUUUUACAAGUGGAGAAUACGCGAGCCUGUGCAGGGGCGAUACGAGCAAGAGUACUCCGCAAGGAAAUCUGAUUUGUUGGUAUCACGGGAAGAAGAACCCUUUGCUUAUGAUCAGACCUGUUAAAGUAGAAAUGGUUUGGCGUCGACCCCGUCUUAUCAUCUUUAGAAACCUUCUGAGCACAGCGGAGGCUAACAGAAUCAAGGAAGUCGCCACGCCCAGGCUAAGAAGAGCAACUGUGUUUAACAAAAAAACCGGAGUGCUGGAAAACGCACAUUAUAGAGUAAGCAAAAGCGCUUGGCUUGAAAACGAGGAUGACGAGGUCGUUGCAAGGGUGAACCGUCGGAUUGGGGCCGUGACAGGACUGGAAAUGAGUACUGCAGAACCAUUGCAGAUCGCAAACUAUGGAAUGGCCGGUCAGUAUGAAUUUCACCUCGAUUUUGGAGACCCAGGCUCACCCUUAGAUGUCUCUCCGAAUGGAAACCGAGUCGCCACAGUUCUUAUUUAUCUUAAUGACGUCAACAGGGGAGGUUACACAGUAUUUACGAAAGCGAAAACUUUUGUGAGUCCGUCGAUGGGUGAUGCAGCGUUCUGGUAUAACCUCAAGAGAUCAGGGAAAGGAGAUUACGAAACAGAGCAUGCGGCAUGCCCAGUCCUCUGCGGAAAUAAAUGGGUUGCCAAUAAGUGGUUACAUAUUCGUGGACAAGAAUUCCGCCGCAAAUGCAGCCUUGACCCCAACGAAUGAUGAUAAAUGAUUUCAGACGUGAUUUCCACAUUUGUUCCGCCUUUUGCGAGUCCGUUUUAGUUUGUCAGGUCUUUUGAUAUAAACGUAGGUCUAAUAUGAGGCUGGGACGAAAAAUAAGUCUAGUGGAAAUAUUAGCUAGUAAUAAAAUUGCAGCUUGGAGGACAGUUAUUCGCAAAUUGUAAAAUUGAUAACUUAAGAAAUAAACUCUUUAUAAAAACUAAAUCAACAACCGCAUUUGCUCUGUGUUUUGGACCCUUUUCGUCAUAGGCAGAAUAAAUCUUUGGAUAGAAAAGUUAGUUAACCAAAAACUUUUUUCUAAGCUAGCGGCAUCUGUAUUUCUUUCUGUCGAUAAGUGUAAACUGCAGACUAUACUAACUCUCAGCGACAAUAACUAGCUAGCCCGGGCUAGCUAUAACUAACUCUGAGCCUGAAAUAAUCCCCUCUAGCCUUUAAAUGGCUCUCAGCAGGGUGAUUUAUUCACGAAUUGCACUAUUUUUUGCUCUAAAUUGAAUCUUUUUCCUGACCAAUGAGAAUGGAAUACGAAAACGAAACAACCAAUCAGAUUUCAAGGCUUUUUCAAACUAAAGAAUCACAUUCCAGGAGACUGAAAGACAAAAAAGCUAUUGUUUGGCAAA